CUCAGAGAGGCCUUCGCCGCCGCCUCGUUCAAAACGGGCGGCCUUUGUGAGCUCCGUUUUCCUCAACCGCAACGCGCACGGAGGGGGGAGAAAUCGAGACCCACAUGGCCUCCAGACACCGGGACAUCACUUCAACGGCUUCGUUGGGUGGUUAGUACAGCUGCGUAUCAUCAGCGUACAGAUGACACCGCACCCCAAAACCACGGAUGAUCUCACUCAGCAGCUUCAUAUAGAUGUUGAACAGGAGAGGAUAAAGUGGAGUUGCUUUUAAUUAAAAUGCCUAACGCUAAAAGCAAAUCUCGGCAUAGACACAAAGUUAGUCAAGAAACUGGCCGGCGUGAAUUAGUCUCCAGAUCCUUGCAAAGUGCUCAACAUUGUCUGGAGAAUCAGGACUUUGGAACUGCAUAUGCUCACUAUCUCUUGGUAUUAAACAUAGCUCCUGAAUUUAAAAAUGAUGUUAAGGAAACAUUUCAAUUUACCCUUUUUAAAUGGGCAGAAGAACUGGAUUCUCUUGCACGAAUUCAAGAUUUAUUUGAUUGCUAUGAACAUGCCCUGGAAUUAUAUCCUAAUGAUGAAGUCAUAUACAACAGUAUGGGGGAACAUCUUUUCAGGUUGGGCUUCAGAGAUGAAGCAGCUGCAUAUUUUCAUAAAGCUGUGAAGUUAAACCCUGACUUUCCUGAUGCCAAGGAGAACUUUUAUCGGGUUGCCAACUGGGUUGUAGAACGUUGGCAUUUCAUUAUGCUUAAUGAUUACAAUAGAAACUUGCUGUAUCAAAAAGCAAUCCAGAAAGCAGUUCAUUCAGGAUAUAGAAGUGUACUUGAUAUUGGAACAGGAACAGGAAUUCUCAGUAUGCUUGCUAAAAAGUCUGGAGCAUCUCCUGUCUAUGCUUGUGAAUUGUCAAAGACCAUGUAUGAAUUGGCUUGUGAAGUGCUAGCUGCAAACAAUUUGGAUGGAGAAAUCAAACUUCUUCACAUGAAAUCCUUUGAUAUAGAAAUUCCGAAGCAUGUACCUGAAAGAGUUUCCCUUGUUAUCACCGAAACAGUAGAUUCUGGAUUAUUUGGUGAGGGAAUUGUAGAAAGCUUGAUUCAUGCUUGGGAACACUUACUUUUACCACCAGAGCCUAAGGAUGGUAGAGAUGAUUCUAAAAACUAUGGCAAAGUUAUUCCAGCAGGAGCUACUAUGUGGGGCAUGGCAGUGGAAUGCAAAGAGAUACGCAGACAUCAUAGAAUAGAGGUAAAAGAAAUUGCUGGUAUCUGUUUGCCAGAAACACUGAAGUUUUGCAGUCCAACGUUUGCUUCUCUAAAGUCCAGUGAAACCCUUGAACCUUACACUACUGAAAAACUCAGCAGAAUAUCUGGUGGUUAUAAAACUCUUACAGAAAUUUUUCAAGUUCUGACAGUCGAUUUUAAUAAUUUGCAGGAGCUAAAAAAUUUGUCCACUAGUAAGCCAUCCAAGAUGAAUAUACCCAUUAUUAAAGAUGGAAUACUAGAUGCUAUUGUUGUCUGGUUUACACUGCACCUUGAUGAUGAACUUACUCUUUCUACAAGUCCAAACAUGGACACCUGUUGGGAGCAAGCAGUCUAUCCUGUACAAGGUCUCCUUGAUUAUUCUGUGAAAUCUGGAGAUGGUGUUGCAAUGGAAAUAUGCUGCCAGGACUGCUAUCUAAGGAUUCAAAGAAUUUCCAUUAAGACUUCAGGAUCUGAAAUGGAUGUUGAAAGAAAUUUGAGGGAGAAGAAUAGUGAAGCUGAACUCUGCAGUGCUCUAGCCAGUCUUCAGACAGCUAGUACACUGGAAAAUGACUUCCAAGAAUGUAUGCUAGAGUCCACUGAAAUUGCUUUAUUAAAUAAUCUGCAGUAUCAUGAAUGCUUUAAAAUUGCAAUAGGAAAAGUGUUGUCAUCAUUCAGCCACCAUGAAGAGUCACAUUCAAUGGAUGUGGUUGGUCACUAUCAUGAGUUUGAAAAGAACCAGAGCAAAAAUUCUGUAACUGUUGAUCCUCUGUAUAUAUUGGAUGUAUCAGAAGGCUUUUCAAUUUUGCCAGUACUUGCAGGUAAACUUGGGGCAGUUAAAGCAUACAGCUCGGUUGAAAAAGACCACCACCAAGUAGCUCUCAGUUUGAUUUCAGAAACCAACCAAUUUCCCAGAGAAACAUUAGAGUUUUGGCUUAGUCAUUUACAAGAUGAAAAUAAGGUACUACAAAGACCUAAGUCUGACAAAUUAUGGAAUAUUAUAAUUCUGGAUGUCAUAGAAACUUCUGGUUUAAUUCAGCAGGAUGUGAUGGAAAAAGCUGCAAUAUCUAGGUGUCUGCUUCACUCUGGAGGAAAGAUAUUCCCAGACCAUGUGAAAAUAUAUGGAAUGCUUGUAGAAUCUAAUUUAUUAUUACUUGAAUCUGCUGUUCAAGGGACAGAUCCCACACUUGGUUUCAAAAUAGCACCUUUUAUCAACCAAUUCAAGGUGCCUAUCCGAGUUUUUUUGGAUCUUCCCACACUCCCAUAUACACCUUUAAGCAACUCAGUAGAACUUCUGCGAGUGGAUCUCAUGAAUCCUUAUGUGAAUAACAGCAGUACUGAAGUUGAGGUGGAGAUUUGUAAAUCGGGUCAAGUGACUGGCAUUCCAUUUUGGUAUCAUGUAUAUCUGGAUAAUGAUAUUGUUUUGGAUACAUCAAGCAAGUCAUCUCACUGGAAACAAGCUGCCGUUGUGCUUGAUAAACCCAUUCAGGUUCAAGAAGGAGAAAAGCUUAUUCUAAGUAUUCAGUAUUAUAAAAGCAACAUCAGUGUGGUAGUAAAACAGUAAGAUACAGCUUUUCUUAAUUAGGUUUGAAUGUCUACAUUCCAAAUUUAUGUUCUAUAAUAUAGUGGUAAGCUUGGUAAAAUGUUUAAGAUACUUGUUCAAUUUGCAGAAGAAGUUAAUCUGAAUAGAUUUUAUAAUGCUGUAAAACAUUGUUUCUCAAUUGCAAAAAAAAUACCAUGGACUUGAAGCAUUGCUCUCUUUUUUUACAUUGUAGAAAAUUACUAAAUAAAAAGUAUAAAAAUAUAAUUAAAUGAGGAUUUGAUAAUAUGCUCUUUCUUACAUGUUUGCAGAUUACUAAAAUAGUGAAUUAACUGGCAAAGAAGGUAAUACUGUUUUUUAGAUCGUUAGUCCUAAAGAACUUGAAAUGGUAAUACUUAAUUUUACAAUGGUGAAAAUACCUUGAUGUAUAAUGUUAAAAUGGUUCUAGUGUAUUUAUAAGUCUUCAUUUUUAGUAAAUGUUUGUAAUAAUCUGUUCCUGAUAGGAAAAAAAGAAUGUUUUGUUCAAAACUAGUUUAUAAUACAGAAUGCAAAGUAAAGAGCAGAGUAUAUAAUUAUUUUGUACCUCAUCCAAUAGCCAUUUCUUUUAUUAGCAUAUUUUUGUCAAUUCCCAUUAAAACUAUUUCCUAUUUUUUUUAAAAAAAUCUACAUGCCAGCACCAUCUGCAGAUGUAUUCAAAAUAACAGCCACCGGAACCUCAAGUUACUUUUAAAACUUUUAAAGUUUUCAACUAACAAGAGCAGCUGAAAAAAAAGCAAUAAAUAUCAUUUCUGAGUAUAAAGUCCUAAGUAGCUUUUUUAGAUUAUGGGCAUUUAAAAACAGCUAUAUUUUAUAAUUUUUUUUAAUUAUUUAUUUUUUUAUUUAUUAAAUUUUUAUACCACCCUUCUCCCAAAGGACUCAGGGCGGUGUACAGCCAAAAGAUAAAAAACACGAAAAUGUACAAUUAAAACGACAAUUUAAAACC